AAAUAUCAAUAUCCAACAAAAUGUCCCCCCUAAGAACAAUCUAUCUAGUAACAUACAACAGCAUCAACGCCCUUCUCUGGCUAUACAUAUUCUCCUCUAUCGUCGUCUCCCCCUUCCAAUCCCCCCAAACGACCUACGCUACUCUCGAACCCUGGACAAGAUGGACCCAAACUAUUGCUAUUCUUGAGAUCCUUCAUGCGAGUCUAGGCCUCACCCGCUCCCCCAUCUUCACAACAUUCACCCAAAUCUUCGCCCGCAGCGUCCAAGUCUGGGCCAUCAAUUACGCCUACCCAGAGACCACCAGUCCCUCCCCAGCAUACAAGUACAUGCUGCUUGCAUGGUCAUUCGCAGAUGCAAUCCGGUAUUCUUAUUUCGCAGUCUUGAGUGCAGGUGCUCCUGUGCCGAGCUUGUUGAGGUGGUUGAGAUACUCCCUCUUCCUAAUCCUCUACCCCGUUGGCAUCGGAAGCGAAUGGUGGCUCAUGUUCCAGGCGCUGCGCGUUACGAACAGCAUUCCUGUUCAGGCGCUUUUCAUUUUCUUUUUGUUUCUUUACGGACCUGGUUCGCCCAUGAUGUAUUCGUAUAUGGUUAAGCAGAGGAAGAAGACUUUGGCUGGUGGUAAGAAGGAGAGGAAGGAGAAGAAGUAAGUGGUUGGUGGGUUGGUUAGUGGAUGCAGGAAGUGGUUGGUUAGUUAUAUACUAAUACUGCAGAGGGUGGAUGUGGUUGUGGCUGGUGAUAUGGUGAGCUGAGCUACGUUACUGAUAACUAGUAUUGACCGAUACUACAAGACUGGAACGGACU